UUUGAUAUAAAUAAAACGCCAGUCGCUCCCAUAACAAAAAUUUACCGCGACGUUCCACUUGAAAGUUAGGUAGCCGCCAAAAAGCCGCCAACACCACGCGAACAUGUUCAAGCGCCAAGCUUGAUUACACCUUUGAAUUGCUCAAGUUGACCAGCUGCUGCUGCUUGUCGCAAUUUUAUUUUUUCUCAAAUGCUCAUCGUCUUGUAGGACUUAAUCACAAACGAACUCGAAAUUGAGCAGGAUAACUCCCUGAAUUACGUUUGUACACGUAUUUGUCACUUGAAAACUUCCAGUGAUGAGUUCGGGGAGUCAAACAGAUCAACUCCUCCUAAUUAUGGGGAAGAAAAUUGGAGUUACUUCUCCUGCCACUCAAUGCAAGGCUCAAGAGCUUCAUCGCAGACUGACAGCUCGAGGGGUGAAGGGACUUACUGCCACAGCAGAGGUGGUGAUCUGCCUGCAACUUGCUGCCACUCUCUGUCAUGAAACAUUUGACAAGGAUGCUUGUGUCAAGCUUUCUGGUCUGACUGCUAUCAAAUACCGCUCUCAAGUCCAAGCCAUUGCUCUAAUGCUGGGGCUGAACCUACAUCUCACCAUUCAUGACCUAGCAGUAACACAUUCAGUUUUGGCUGCUGAGAAGCUUGCUCUGGACAUAUUGAAGGCCUAUGAAACAGAGGGUUAUGGUGUUGAUGUUUCUCUUCCCAUCUACCAGACCACUGCUCUAGUAGCAGCAUGCGUGCAGCUCAAACUCAAGCUCAAUAAACGUCGACUGUUGGAAUCUUGUGGAAUCAAUAAGAAGACUUUUGACAAAUUACUAGAAGUUUUGACAUCUCUCGCAUCCAAAAUACACAUUAAGGAUGGCAAUAAAACAACUGAAGGGGAUCGUAAGCGGCAAAAAACUCUCAUGGAGCUCAUUGAAGACAACAUGGCUAAUGAUGCUGAAGACCACGUGGCUUCUAAGCAGCAGAAAUGUGACAAGGACCAAGAUAACGAUGAUUUUGAAGAAUGGAAGAGAAAGAUUUUGCUAGAAGCUCAACUUAAAAUGAAAUGUAAUCCAACAGAAUUAUAGUAGCUAGGAUUUAAUUUCAUCAAAUGUUUUAUUGUGUUGCAUUCGAUGACAAGUUUUUAUAAUAUGAUGCUUGCUGUAACUCAGAGCAUGUAAUGUUUUUAAGUUCAUUUUUCAUUUGUAAUGACUUGGAGUUCUUGCAUUUAAAGUUUGAUCCAUUCGCAAUGUGUUUGCGAUCAAAAUGGCCAAUAUGAAUUUCCUUCUUAGUGAAUGAAGCAAAUGAUACUCAAAUUUUUUAUUCUUGAAUUUUUUAGCCAUGGAUUGUUUUGAUUGAAGCUUUGAAUGAUAAAUCGAUUUUUUACAUACGACAAAAAUGAGUCAAAUUUUAGACAUGCUCACGUAUUGUAAGGAGAAUUAGUUGAGAUCUCUUCACUACAUAUUUAAUUCAUCAGGGAGUAAAGCUGCGCUGUGAAUUCAAUUCAUACAUGUCAAUAAAAUGUGAACAUUGUU